AUGCCACCGAAAAAAAGACCAGCACUGUCUGGCGGCCUAGCUGCGUUUGGCUUCACGGCCAAAAGAUUUCAAAAAGACGUGAUAUCAGAGGACAGUGACCUCCCUGAAGCCUCCGCUAUGUCAACAGUUAGCAUCACAGAUACUGCUGCAAAAGGUCAAGAACAACAACAAUAUGCCGGUGACGACGGACAUGAAGACGGACACGAAGACGGACAUGAUGACAGCAAAGAUGACAGUGACACAGACGAGCCUGAGUCCAGGAGGGAUGGGCCAAUUAACUGGACAACCAAGCAGUGGCGAGAGUGGAGCGAGAAGAACCCAUGGCUAACUGCCGGCAAGAGUGGGCUUGGGUGCUCUGUAUGCAAGUCAGCAAAGACCCUCUUGCUAACCGACAGGACGACUGGAGCCCACAUAUCCGAUGCCUGGGUGAGCGGCACCGUGAGUAGCGCUGUACAAAAACAGUUGCGAAAAAAAAUCUACCAGCACCGCGACAGUCUUGCACACAAACGUGCCAUUGAAAUUGCAGACCUCAAGGAAAAGGAUGUUCUACCAUCAAAAUUAAUAGAGCAAAGCGCAGCUUCGUUUGACGUGACAGCAAGCUCGUUCAGGUCCGCGUACACUGUCGCUAAAGAGAGGAUGCCAUAUACAAAAAUGGGUCCGGUCAUGAAGUUAAACGAGCUCAAUGGAGCCAAAGUAGGAUCUACUCACCGCUCUGACCACUCUUGCGCUGCCAUCGUCGAACAUAUCGCCGAGGAAAUGAAAAAUCAACUAGUUUCCCAAAUUCUGAAGCUUGAUUCCCGCAUUAGUUUGACCUUGGAUGAAAGCACAAUCCAUUGGCGCUCCUACAUAAUCAUCUACCUUAGGAGCGAUGUCACCGGUGAUGGAGAUGUGGAUAAUGUCUUUUUUGAUUUAGUCGAGUUGGGCGGUGGUGACGCAGAAUCACUUCAUAGUGCUUUACUUAACAGUCUGUACAGCGCUGGAUUAAACGCCGAAUUCCUGAAAAGAAACCUGAUCAGCAUAGCCACCGAUGGAGCUGCUGUCCUGACCGGCAGACAGAUGGGGUGGGUUGCCAGCAGCUACCACACGGUCAAAGCAGUCCUGAAAGAUUUCCCGGUUUUGGCACGGCACUUCUCCAGUGCCAGUGACGAUGACGCCUACAAUGCCAACGAGCGGAACAAGUUUGCAGGAUUAUUGAAACAUCUGACAUCCACGGGGUUCCUCUCAGAUUUGGCAGUAAUGAAGGACGUGCUGCGUGAGCUGCAAGGCCUCUCACUGAAACUCCAGAAGCGGGACACGUCUCUGGUGGAGGCAAGUCGGCAGAUUCAGCAAACCAUGGAAGUGCUCACUGCCAUGAAAGAAGCAGGAGGAAAGACAGAGGCAAAGGUCAAAGACGGCAUUGCAGCUGGAAAGCUAAAAAAUGUUGUGCUGAGGGAAUCACUGCCUAAAAUAAACAGAGGUCAGUUUUACCAGUCCAUCAUAGACAGUCUAGCUAAACGCUUACCGGACAGCGAGCUGAUGACGAUGCUGAAGCCACUAGACGCACAUUUCUGGCCCACCGAGAGGUCAGACCUGGUCCUGUUCGGUGACCGCGAGGUGGGGAAAUUCGCAAAACUAAUCGGCGAGCCUGUCACAGAGGCCAUCUCUGAUUACAGGGACUGGAAGCUGCAGGGGCGUUCUGAUGGCCACACGCUGAAACGCCUCCUUGUCGCCAGCAAGACAGUUCUCCCGACGUCUGCUGAGUGCGAGAGAGGAUUUUCUGCGUGUAACGACACAGACGACAACACACGGAACAGACUGCGUGCCAAGAGCCUAACUGCUUUGCUCUUCGUGGAUCUGAACGGACCCCCUAUUGAGAGAUUCAACCCAAUGCCAUUUGUCAAGUCAUGGAUUAGGAAGGAACAUCGAACAUCAGCAUCCUGGGAUGGACACUGGUGCUUACACCCGGUGAUCCUCACCCCCUCCCACCCCCACCCCGUGAGGAAGGACUGCAUUGUGACCCUCACCCCCCUCCCUCCCCACCCAGUGAGGAAGGACUGCAUUGUGACCCUCACCCCCCACCCACCCCCACCCCCUGAGGAAGGACUGCAUUGUGGCCCUCACCCUCCCCCCACCCCCACCCCGAAGGACUGCAUUGUGACCCUCACCCUCCACCCACACCCACCCCGUGAGGAAGGACUGCAUUGUGACCCUCAACCCUCCUCCCAAUCCCACCCCGUGAGGAAGGACUGCAUUGUGACCCUCACCACCCCUCCCACCCCGUGA